AUGGUGAUGGGAUCGGCGCUCGAAUACGCGGGUCAUCGACCGGCCGAACCAGGAUCACUGAACCUCCUGAAUUCACAAUUGGAAAUUGCUCCAGCGCCAUACAAUCCUAGUAGAGAUGGCAAUAACUCCAUCGAGAUAAAUCUGUUUGUAGAAAGCUAUGGAGGGCAUUAUGGUCCGGCCUUUGCAGCAUAUUUUGAGGAGCAAGCUUGGUUAAAACCGGCCAGCUUUCGGGAAAGGUUUCUAGGGUCGAUCUAG